CCAGUGCGGCUCUUUGAGAUGGAUCGUGUUUCUUGAUCAAAUCUUCGUUAUACUUAACUGGGCCCAGGAAGGCGUAGGAUUUCUAUUAUGCUGGCAAUCAGCAACAAAGCUUUUCUCUCACAUCAAAUUAACACCAGUCAUCAAUAGUAAUUUUCUCUCAUAACAAAUUAGCACCAGCCACAGUCAGCAGAACCGAGCGAAUUCUCAUGAACAUUACACAACGCUAGACAGAGUAAUUUUCUCUCGCAGCAAAUUAGCACCAGCCACAGCCAGCAGAACAAAACAAAUUCUCAUGAACCUUACACAGCCCUAGACAGGUCCACUGAUGUCUACGUAAAGAGUAAAGAGAAAAGACAGUAGGGUAGUUAAUAACUACACACUUGUUGAAGACUGACUGGAUUCAGAAGCUAAACUUUAAACUAUAUCACAUAAAAGAUAUUUACAAGUAUUAAAUAAAUUCUAAUUAUAAAACUAAUUGCAGAACCUCGAGACUAAACUGCGAGACGAAUCAAAAGACAGCAGGGUAGUUAAUAACUACACACUUGUUGAAGACUGACGUCUGGAUUUAGAGGCUAAACUUUAAACUAUAUCACAUCAAAUAUAUUUACAAGUAUUAAAUAAAGUAUAAUUAUAAAACUAAUUGCAGAACCUCGAGACUAAACUGCGAGACGAAUCAAAAUACAGCAGGGUAGUUAAUAACUACACACUUGUUGAAGACUGACGUCUGGAUUUAGAGGCUAAACUUUAAACUAUAUCACAUCAAAGAUAUUUAUAAGUAUUAAAUAAAGUCUAAUUAUAAAAUUAAUUGCAGAACCUCGAGACUAAACUGCGAGACGAAUCUAAUGAAGUCACCACAAGCGCCUCGCUGUCGACAGGAACGUCGCCUACCACUAAAUGCAUAACACCGUUAAAUUCUAGAAUAUUCGCUCUCAUGGGGAGUCGAACCCAGAAUCUUAGGUGUUACUGAGUCGAAUUCAUGACAAGUAUGUACCACAUCACUGACUUUGUGCCUUAUUUGCUAAUCUAAUAAAAAAGAUUAGCAUCUCAUUACUCUCAUUCAUUAUUGGUAGAUGAGAUGACUCUUGUGAGAUCUAUAUAACUGAUGGGUUUUUGGAGGGAUGCCUUGUUUGCUUUAGCGUUGAAAAACCCAAAAAAUCAGCGGCCAAAAACCUUAAACCCAAAUCAGCCCAUAAACCCACGAAACCGGGAAGGCGAAUCCAAAAACAAGCAGCAAAACCACCCAUCCAAGCAAACAAAGCAGGAGCACGGCGGAGCAAACCCUUCUCGUAUAUUAACCCCACCUCCUCUGCCUUCCCCUCUCUUUCCCCGUCUCCGCCCCCUCCACGCCUCCACCACCGCCUCCCAGAUUCCUCCGCACCGCCAUGGACGACCUCGAGCAGGCCAUCCUGCUGGCUUCCGACUCCGCCGCCGCCGCGGCGUCCCCUCCCGUCCGCGCGGAGGCACUCGCCUUUUGCGCCCGCGCCCGCGACGAGUCCCCGCCGUCGUCGCUCCUCCGCCUCUGCCUAUCCGGCCUCGCCUCCUCCCCGCACACGCAGGUCCACUUCUGGUGCCUCCAGUCCCUUCACGACGCGCUCCUCCACCGCCGCCUCGUGCUCCCAGACGACCUCGCGCUGCUCCGCUCCUCGCUCCUCUCGCUAGCGGUUUCCUCACACGCCGCGUCGCCGCCGUUUCUCCGCAACAAGCUCGCCCAGCUUGUUGCGCUCCUCAUCCGACUCGAUUACCCCCAUGUCUACCCCUCCUAUUUCCUGGACCUCCUCCCUCCCGCGCCGCCGCAGCCGGGCCUGACGGACAUGUUCGCGAGGGUCCUCAUCUCCCUCGACGACGACCUGCUCUCUCAGGAGUACCCUCGCAGUGCCGACGAGGCUACCGACUCUAUGUGGGUGAAGGAUUCUAUGCGCGCGCAGUGUGUGCCCCAGAUCGCCCGCCACUGGCACGCAGCCGCCUCGACACUCCGUACAGCUGAUCCUGCCGCUGCAGCGGUAGCCCUUGACGCGGCGCGCAGAUGCAUCUCGUGGAUCGAUGUCGGACUGGUGGCUAACGAUGUGUUUGUUCCUCUACUCUUUGACAUUGCAAUGUCACCUGGAAGCGCAGCUCCGCUUGCUGCUGCUGCAGUGGGGUGCCUCGCUGCUGUGGCAGCGAAGAGGAUGGACGCAAGGGCGAAGGUGGGAUUGCUGAGGUCGCUCCUGGUUGCACAGCAAGCACUCGGUAGCCCAGACAGCGGAUUAAAGAUGGCACCCUUGGUAACAACAUAUGCUGCAGAGGCCCUUGAAUGUUAUCGGAGGCUUGGCGCUAGUGACGCUGAUGGAGCUGCAGCUUUGGAGAUGCUGGAAGAGGUGCUGCCGGCUGUAUUUGCAGCUGCAGAGACCUCCGAUGAUGAAGAGGUGGAUGCGGGUUCCGUCCUUGAGUUCUUAUCUGGCUAUGUAAGCAUGAUGAAGGCACCGUCUGAGAAGCAGUUGGGACACUUGGGACGGAUCCUGGAGGUGGUACGGGUGCAGAUGUCAUAUGAUCCAGUAUAUAGGGAGCAUCUUGAUGUGCUUGACAAGAUAGGGAAGGAGGAGGAGGAUCUCAAGGUAGAGCAACGGAAGGAUUUGAUUGCAUUGUUCCGGAGCAUUUGUCGUGUAGCGCCAGCUGCUGCUCAGCUGUUCAUAAGAGGGUUGCUUGUAACAGCUCUCUCGUCUGCAGAAGCUAGCGUGGAGGAUGUUGAGGUCGCUCUUACCCUGUUCUACCGGCUUGGAGAAGCAGUGGGUGAGGAAGAGAUCCGGACUGGGACAGGGCUGCUGGGGGAGCUUGUGCCCAUGCUCCUUGCUGCGAGAUUCUCAUGUCACACACACCGCUUAGUAGCAUUGGUUUAUCUGGAGACAGUAACCCGCUAUAUGAAGUUCAUGCAGGAGCAUGUGCAGUAUGUGCCACACCUGCUUGGUGUGUUCUUGGAUAACCGUGGCAUACACCAUCAAAAUGCCCACGUGAGCCGGCGUGCAGGAUACUUAUUCAUGAGGGCAGUUAAGUUAUUGAAGGCAAAGCUGGUGCCUUACCUGGAUACCAUUUUGCAGAGCCUUCAAGAUGUUCUAAGCCAAUUCACCUCUAUGGAUUGGGCAAACAAAGAUGCGAAGUUUCCCAGCUCUGAGGAUGGCAGCCAAAUUUUCGAGGCUGUUGGAUUAUUAAUCAGCAUUGAAGAGGUCUCACCAGAGAUGCAGGCUCAGUACUUGACUGCUCUGCUUAAUCCUCUCUGUCAUCAGAUUGAGUCACUUGUUAUGGAUGCCAAAGCACAAGGACUUGAAGAAUCAUCACCGAGAGCCAUUAGUCUUCAACAGAUUAUUGUUGCAUUGAAUAUGGUCAGCAAGGGCUUUAAUGAGCGCCUUGUGAUGGGAAAUAGGCCAGCUAUUGGGGUGAUGUUCAAGAAAACCCUUGAUGUUGUUUUGCAAGUCAUCGUCUCAUUUCCUAAUGUGAAACCUCUGCGAUCUAAGGUCAUAUCCUUUCUGCAUCGGAUGAUUGAGAUAUUAGGUACCCCAGUGCUUCCAUAUAUCCCAAUCGCACUGCGACAAUUGCUUCUUGAUAAUGAGGCUAAAGAUAUGGUGGAGUUUCUCGUAUUGGUAAACCAAAUAAUCUGCAAAUUCAAAUCGUCAGCUAGCACUAUAUUGGAAGAAAUCUUUCCUACUAUUGCAAGUCAUUUGUCUGUGAUACUAUCACAAGAUGCAUUUUCAGCUGGUCCUGCAAGCAAUACUGAGGAAAUGAGAGAACUGCAAGAGUUGCAGAGGACAUUAUACACAUUCUUGCAUGCUAUGGCAACCCAUGAUCUUUCUACAAUUCUCCUUACUCCUAGCUGUGUGCAGUAUCUGGAUACUAUAAUGCAGUUGCUUUUAUUUACUUCAUGUAAACAUAAGGAUAUACUACUCCGCAAGGCAUGUGUACAAAUUUUUGUGAACCUUGUAAAAGACUGGUGCACUAACUCUGAAGAUAAGAUUACUGGCUUCCGAGAAUUUAUGAUUGAGAAGUUUGCUACUAAUUGCUGUUUGUACAGCGUCCUUGAUAAAUCAUUUGAUUUACGUGACGCUAAUUCGCUUGUUCUCUUUGGUGAAAUUGUGGUGGCCCAAAAGAUUAUGUAUGAAAGAUUUGGGGAUGUCUUCAUUAAGAAGUUUGUAGAAACUGAUCUUACGAAAGUUUGUUGCCCACCAGACCUAGCUAAACAGUACUGCCAGAAGUUACAGGGAAAUGAUAUCAAGGCAUUCAGGUCAUUUUAUCAAUCGCUUAUCGAGAAAUUAAGACCGCUAGGGAAUGGGAGUCUUGUAUUCAGAUAGCAACAUUCAUUCAUUUCCAAUAUGUUUGCCAGCAGAAGACUCCUCAGCUGUCUUAAUCGAGUAUAGGGUAGUUGUGCCAUCGGCCCAUCAAUGUAUAUAGAGCUACCAUUUGUGAGAUUGGAAGAUGUAUACUGCGGCAAUAUCUUUACCAAUUCUGGCUACUGUGGUGGAGUUCCUUAUUCGUUAUGUUCUGUGGAGAUGCAGGGGAGUUUGUCCCUCAAUAGUUUCUGCUGAGAAAUAAAAAGGGUUACCUUUUGUUUAGUUUGAUCUUUCUCCCCAAAUCAUAGUUAUUCUUCUAUCUGGGCCUGAAAUUUUGCAAGGUACUUCCAGUGAACUAGUAGUUGGGGAGGAUAGGGGGCAAAAGAGUGCUGUGUAGGCUGUGUUUUUCCUGACAGAAUGUCGCACCGCCUGUUGUGUUGUGUUGUCGUGUUAUACCAAAUUUGCGAAACCGAAUGGUCUGCACCCCCUUCAUUAGCCGUCGGGGGUGCUGUACUGUACAUAUUCUUUGAUCAUGAUGUGGUUCGCUUUCGUAAAUCAUUAUCGCCUUCUGUCAA